AUGCCACAUCACCCACUACCGCAUGAUGCCGACUCGCGAUGUCUAUUUACGUGCUGUUCUGGCCGAACCAAGAAAUGCAAGCAACCUUCGUGUGAGAAUUGGCGAGACAAAAAGACCAUCGAGUUGUCAUAUUCGUGGCCAAACGAUUUGUGGGAUAUCGAUGCUGCGUACGGUGAUGUCAAGGCAGACAACCCGGCAACCUUCGAGCUCAAGCCGAUGAUCGCUGCAGCUCGUGCGUCGUCCGAGCAGCUUUUGGGAAGUGACUGCAUUCCUCCAAGAUCCAAGAUGGCCAUACACUUGCCGUAUGCCGUUGACGGCGAAACACUGACCGUGACGAAAUUGUUAACUCAAGCGGCUAUGAUUGUGGAAGCAAAGGUUGUCAACAACGACAUUCCAGUGAAGACAGUGCUUUGGAGCGAUAUUCGUUAG